UUGACCUGACCAACACUGCGCGCGCGCUGACAGUUGGCAUCUUAUCGAGCACUGGAACCGGAACUGCCUCUUUUUCUGCCAGCUUGCAGCGCCUUUGGACGUGUUUCCUCCGCGCUCCGUAGCAAAUAAUAUAAACUCAAGAUGUCCGAGACCCUGCAAUUGCGCGGUACCCUCAUUGGCCACAAUGGAUGGGUCACCCAGAUCGCCACCAACCCCAAGGAUCCCGACACCAUCAUCUCGGCCUCCCGUGACAAGACCCUGAUCGUGUGGAAGCUGACCCGCGACGAGCACACCAACUACGGCUACCCCCAGAAGCGUCUCUACGGACACUCGCACUUCAUCAGCGACGUGGUGCUGUCCUCCGAUGGCAACUACGCCCUGUCCGGAUCCUGGGAUCAGACCCUUCGCCUGUGGGAUUUGGCCGCCGGCAAGACCACCCGUCGCUUCGAGGGACACACCAAGGACGUUUUGUCGGUUGCCUUCUCGGCCGAUAACCGUCAGAUCGUGUCCGGCUCCCGGGACAAGACCAUCAAGCUGUGGAACACCCUGGCUGAGUGCAAGUUCACCAUCCAGGAGGAUGGCCACACCGACUGGGUGUCGUGCGUGCGCUUCUCGCCCAACCACUCCAACCCAAUCAUCGUGUCCUGCGGCUGGGAUCGCACCGUCAAGGUCUGGAACUUGGCUAACUGCAAGUUGAAGAACAACCAUCACGGCCACAACGGCUACCUGAACACCGUGACCGUCUCUCCCGACGGCUCCCUGUGCACCUCCGGUGGCAAGGACUCCAAGGCCCUACUGUGGGACCUCAAUGACGGCAAGAACCUGUACACCCUGGAGCACAACGACAUCAUCAACGCCCUGUGCUUCUCGCCCAACCGCUACUGGCUGUGCGUGGCCUACGGACCCUCGAUCAAGAUCUGGGAUCUGGCUUGCAAGAAGACCGUCGAGGAGCUGCGCCCCGAGGUCGUCACUCCCACGGUACCGGCUGAACAGCCCCAGUGCCUGUCCCUGGCCUGGUCCACCGACGGCCAGACUCUGUUCGCCGGCUACUCCGACAACACCAUCCGCGUCUGGCAGGUGUCUGUUUCGGCUCACUAAGCUACUGACUUUUGUAACGGGCGCCAAAUUAUUUGUUUAGCUGAAACAAAAAUAAAAUUUAAGCGUCCUUAACUCAAAUUUGUGUAUCUUGUAGUGGCUGAAUUAGUUUUAGCAUUGGGUUCUAGAGAUUCCUCCGAAUAGAUUGGGAUAGUACAAACAGUGGGACAUUUUAGUUUAGGCAGAAA